GUUUUCAAACCAGUGGCUAGCGGGAACUGGGAACUGGGAACUGGGAACUAAAGUGGCUAGUGUUUUGUGAUUACGGUUGUUGCUGUUGAUUACAGAGAAAAUGACUCCAAGCAAGUUUGUGGUCAAGUGUGGGAAUUUUGUCGUGCUGGUGGAUCUUAAUAUUUUGCCUCAGGGCUCCAGUAAAGACACCAGCUGGUUUGCUGAGCAGCAGAAGGAGGAAGUCAGCAUCCUCCUUCGAGAAGCAGUAGAUUUAAGAGUAAAGCAGUACCUGGAGGCCCGUAAUCAGCAUGUUCAGCCUAAACCAAGUAAAGAAUUAACGCAAGCAAAUCCUCUAUGUAUUAAAGGUAAGAAAAGUGUGUGGUGGUGCGAAAGUUUUUUGCAAGUGGUUCGAGGGAGACGUAUGCUUGUCCGUACAAGCAACAGAACAGUGGUGGCUUACAUCAACCACCAGGGAGGCGUGAGGUUGCCCAGUCUCCAUCAUGUGGCCCGCAAGCUUUUGCUCUGGGCACGAGAACCUCCUCUCACUGUGGGCAGUACAACUGCCCAGGUUGACAAACUGGGCGGUGGACCUCACAGGGAGAGUCCCCAGCGGCUCAGAGUGGAGCCUUUAACCCAAGGAGAACAUUUUCGUCUUGCAGCUUACUUUAUGAGGAGGCAUGUCAAUCUGAGGUGCAUUGUAAAGGAGAAGUAUCAAGAGCUACGUGUGUUUCCUGACAAAUUCAUUGUGUGUGUGAGCCGUCAAGAGGAGGGACCUAAACACAGGACAAAUGAGAAAUCUACAGUGGAAAAACAACCCUUCACAAACACAUCUGAAUAUUUUGCCGAUCCCUGUGAAGAUAAAGAUAAACUAAACAUCUCCAACAUAACACAGAAGAAGAGCUCCUUAAAGAAGAUUGUAAAAAAGGGAGAUAAUGCAAGCGAACCUGACAAGUUUGCUAUAAUGAAAACAAGAGCAGGCCAUGAUAUGGAUGUGUUCCACCCCACUUCAAAACCCAGACCCAUAGUUCUGGACACCAGUGAAGGAGGAACGGGUGACUCUGAAAACAGAGAUCAAAGCAGCGACCAGGUUCCUUUGUCAGAGCUGGGAAACUGUAUUAACAAAAGAGAGCCAGCUGGAGUCAGCAGCCAGAAACAACCUCAUUCCUUGGAGCUGCUAAACAUAGGACCACUGAGUGGGUUCCUUUCUCUGAGUUGUGAGUCAGCUUUGCCACAACCAAAACAGAGUCUGGGGAAGAGCAGAAUACAGAACAAGCGCAGGAGGCACUACUCACAGGAAGAUGGAGAUAAUGCUAAGAAAGUAUUUAUUGGAGAGGGUCCAGCAACCCCUAGUGAGGUAAUAAUGAAAACAGAUUCUGCUGAGUCCUUAACACAAACAUCCAUGAAGAAGUCUCCACUGGGGUCCAAGUCAUGCUCCAAACAAGACUUAGUUGAAACCACACUGGAUGAGGACUUGCUUACUUUGGGAAAAUCUACCGUGAAACCUCCCCUUGAAAACAAUAACACAGAGCAAAACAAGCUGACCACAAACAUACAGGAAUUAUCUGUCAAGCCUGUAUCCUCUCAUCCAAAUAUCAGCUCCAGAACCUCAGACAGAAAGGAGGGGGUAGAAAACAUACCCAGAAAGUUAAGAUUACGACGAUUGAAGAAGUCCUGAGGGGGGCAGUGAUGAUGAUACUGAGCGCUGUAGUUUUUUCUCAUUCACAAUUAACUGUUUACCCAUUGUAAAUACUUCUUUGACAGUAUUGUGUUGUAUAGUAGUCAAGUUAAGACAACCUACAAUCCACCAUUUUAAUUACACCUUGUAUUUCUGGAAAUGGCAAUGCUUAAUGGCUGCAAUAGUUAAAGUGCAAAAAGCAAAACAGAGUGCAUUUUUUACCUCAAUGAUUGCAGUUUCUUUCAAAUUCACACACACAGGAGAAAUGUAAUUGCAGCAAAGAUCUUAAAGAUGUAAUCUUUUUAAUAAUAAUGUCUCAGUAGCGCACUAAAUUUCUCACAUUGUGCUGUCAAUCUUCUUUGUUUUCUAGACAUUAUUUUUCUGGGAUAAAUAUAGUUAUUUAUAAAUAUUUAAAUACGAGUAAAGUAGU